CUCCAGCCUGGAUGCUAGAGCAAGACCCCAUCUCAAAGCAAACAAACAAACAAACAAAACAAAACAAAACAAAAAAUUGAGGCCUCAUUGGCUGGCAGGGAACAGACUAGGGUCCUGUUCACUCCCCUUGCCUCCCUCCCACCCUAUCACAGCUCUCACUCCCCGAGGAUGCAGGAUGGAGGCUGAGGCAGUCCUGCCAGCUUGCAGCUGGUGGAGGCAGGAAGGGCUGAACUGACCUCCAGGACCUUACCCCUAUCUCUCGCUCCUCUCCUCCCUCUCCACCCAUGACCCCCAGGCCUGCUCCCUGUGUGUUUGACUAAAGGGCAGGGAUUGCUAAACCUGCUGGGUGAGUCCAGUGAGUCAGAGGUGAUUCAGGUGGGCGGACUGGUGGGCAGAAGGGCAGACGGGCAGUGGAAGUGCCAGUGCCACUGGGACCAUGGCUCUGACGGUAUGCGUGCAACGACUAACAGGGCUGUCCGGCACCCACGACCGACAAGUGAAGCUCACCUUUCGAGGUUUUACCCAGAAAACAAGAAAAAUUCGCUGUGGUCAAGAAGCAGAUAUUGGUGAGCUGUUCCGAUGGCCCCACUAUGGGGCUCCACUGGCUGGGGAGUGUCUGUCUGUGCAGGUGGUCAACUGCAGCCGUGUAUUCAGCCCUAGGCCUCUAGGGACCCUGGUGAUCUCCCUGCAGCAGCUACAGAAUACUGGGCAUUUGGUGCUACAGGAAGCCCUAGUGGAUGAGAAUCUUCGAGUGUCCCCGAUCCAGGUGGAGCUUGACCUGAAGUACCAGCCCCCAGAGGGUGCUACUGGAGCCUGGUCAGAAGAGGACUUUGGGUCACCCAUCCAAGACAGCUUGGAGUUAAUUAUCCCCAAUGUGGACUUCCAGGAACUGGAGCCUGGGGAGGCCCAGCUGGAGCGGCGGGCAGUGGCUCUAGGCCGCAGGCUAGCUCGAAGCCUAGGCCAGCAGAACGAUGAGGAGAAUGAGCUGGAGCUUGAGCUGGAGCAGGACCUGGAUGAUGAGCCUGACGUCGAACUUUCUGGUGUUGUGUUCAGCCCCCUCAAGAGCCGCGCCAGGGCCCUGGCCCAUGGGGAUCCCUUCCAGGUGUCCAGAGCUCAAGACUUCCAGGUGGGAGUCACCGUGCUAGAGGCCCAGAAACUGUUCGGAGUCAACAUUAACCCCUAUGUGGCCGUGCAAGUGGGGGGGCAGCGCCGCGUUACCGCCACACAGCGUGGGACCAAUUGCCCCUUCUACAAUGAGUACUUCUUGUUCGAAUUUCAUGACACACGGCUUCGCCUCCAAGACUUGCUGCUGGAGAUCACGGCUUUCCAUUCGCAGACCCUCCCGUUUAUGGCCACCCGGAUAGGGACCUUCAGGAUGGACCUGGGCAUCGUCUUGGACCAGCCAGAUGGCCAAUACUACCAAAGAUGGGCUCCGUUGCAUGAUCCCCGGGACACCCGCGCCGGGACCAAGGGCUUCGUUAAGGUCACCUUGUCCGUGAGGGCGCGCGGGGACCUGCCCCCUCCAAUGCUACCCCCGGCCCCAGAGCACUGUUCGGACAUUGAGAAGAACCUGCUCCUGCCGCGCGGAGUGCCAGCCGAGAGGCCGUGGGCGCGGCUCCGCGUGCGCCUGUACCGCGCCGAGGGGCUUUCCGCGCUGCGCCAGGGGCUGCUGGGCAGCCUGGCCCGCGCCCUGCACGACCAGCGCGUCCUGGUGGAGCCCUAUGUGCGGGUGUCUUUCCUGGGGCAGGAGGGCGAGACGUCGGUGCGCGCCCAGGCGGCGGCGCCUGAGUGGAACGAGCAGCUGAGCUUCGUGGAGCUCUUCCCGCCGCUGACGCGCAGCCUCCGCCUGCAGCUGCGGGACGACGCGCCCCUGGUCGACGCGGCCCUCGCUACGCACGUGCUGGACCUGAGGCGGAUCUCCCAUCCGGGCCGUGCAGCGGGGUUUAACCCUACUUUCGGCCCGGCCUGGGUGCCCCUCUAUGGCUCGCCCCCCGGCGCGGGGCUCCGGGAUGGUCUUCAAGGUCUCAACGAAGGCGUUGGCCAAGGCAUUUGGUUCCGCGGCCGCCUUCUGCUGGCUGUGUCCAUGCAGGUGUUGGAAGGGAGAGCUGAACCUGAGCCUCCCCAGGCCCAGCAGGGGUCCAGGUUGUCCCGGCUCACCCGAAAGAAGAAAAAGAAAGCCAGGCGGGAUCAGACCCCAAAGGGGGUUCCGCAGCACGUGGACGCCAGCCCCGGUGCCGAGGUGCCUGAGAUUCCCAGUGCCAUGGAGGUGGAGGUGGAGGAGCUACUGCCGCUGCCAGAGAACGUCCUGGCGCCCUGUGAAGAUUUCCUGCUUUUCGGUGUGCUCUUCGAGGCCACCAUGAUCGACCCUGCCGUGGCCUCCCAGCCCAUCAGCUUCGAGAUCUCCAUUGGUCGCGCAGGCCGCCUGGAGGAGCAAUUGGGCCGAGGGUCCAGGGCCCGGGAGGGAACUGAGGGUGCGUCGGCAGAGGCUCAGCCUCUGCUGGGAGCCAGGCCAGAGGAGGAGAAAGAGGAGGAGGAACUGGGGACCCCUGCUCAGUGGCCUGAGCCCAUGGACGGCAGCGGGCCAUACUUCUGCUUGCCCCUCCGUCACCGCAAGCCAUGUGUGCAUGUGUGGAGUCGCUGGGAGGACCACACCUGGCGACUGCAGAGCAGUAACUGCGUGCACAAAGUGGCCGAGAGGCUGGACCAGGGGCUGCAGGAGGUUGAGAGACUGCAGCGCAGGCCGGGGCCUGGCGCCUGUGCACAGCUCAAGCAGGCACUGGAAGAGCUGGUGGCUGGGAGCAGACAGUUUUGCCGCGGUGCCGAGCGCAGGACGAUGACCCGGCCCAAUGCCCUGGAUCGAUGCCGAGGGAAACUCCUGGUGCACAGCCUGAACCUUUUGGCUAAACAAGGACUGCGACUUCUACGCGGCCUGAGACGGGGCAACGUGCAAAAGAAGGUGGCAUUGGCCAAGAAGCUCCUGGCCAAACUGCGCUUUCUGGCUGAGGAGCCCCAGCCACCCCUCCCCGACGUGCUGGUCUGGAUGCUCAGUGGGCGGCGCCGCGUGGCCUGGGCCCGAAUCCCUGCCCAGGAUGUGCUGUUCUCUGUGGUCGAGGAGGAACGGGGCCGGGACUGUGGGAAGAUCCAGAGUCUAAUGCUCACGGCACCUGGGGCAGCCCCUGGUGAGGUCUGUGCCAAGCUGGAGCUCUUCCUGUGGCUCGGCCUGGGCAAGCAAGCCAAGGCCUGCACCUCUGAGUUGCCUCCGGAUUUGCUGCCCGAGCCCUUGGUCGGGCUGCCCUCCAGCCUACACCGGGAUGACUUUAGCUACUUCCAACUCCGGGCUCACUUGUACCAGGCCCGAGGUGUGCUGGCAGCAGACGACAGUGGCCUCUCGGACCCCUUUGCUCGAGUCCUCAUCUCUACCCAGUGCCAGACCACACGGGUCCUGGAGCAGACGCUGAGCCCUCUGUGGGAUGAACUCCUGAUAUUUGAGCAGUUGAUCGUGGACGGGAGGAGGGAGCACCUGCAGGAGGAGCCUCCGUUAGUGAUCAUCAAUGUCUUUGACCACAAUAAGUUUGGCCCCCCUGUGUUCCUGGGCAGGGCACUGGCUGCCCCGAGGGUAAAGCUGAUGGAGGACCCAUACCAACGCCCAGAGCUUCAGUUCUUCCCCCUGAGGAAGGGAUCGCGGGCAGCCGGAGAGCUCAUUGCUGUCUUUGAACUCAUUGAACUGGACUACAGUGGCCGACUUGAGCCCUCAGUGCCCAGUGAUGUGGAGCCCCAGGAUCUGGCACCCCUGGUCGAGCCCCACUCUGGACGCCUGUCCCUUCCACCCAACGUGUGCCCAGUGCUCAGGGAGUUCCGUGUUGAGGUGCUGUUCUGGGGUCUUAGGGGCCUUGGUCGUGUGCAUCUGUUCGAGGUGGAGCAGCCCCAGGUUGUACUGGAGGUGGCUGGGCAACGUGUGGAGUCUGAGGUCCUGGCCAGCUACCGUGAGAGCCCCAAUUUCACUGAGCUUGUCAGGCAUCUGACAGUGGUCUUCAAAGACACAGUUCCUCUCUUCUACCCCCAGGACUUGCCGGAGCAGCCUUACCUGCAGCCCCCACUCAGCAUCCUGGUGAUUGAGCGCCGGGCCUUUGGCCGUACAGUCCUUGUGGGUUCCCACAUUGUCCCCCACAUGCUGCGAUUUAUAUUUCGGGGUCAUGAGGAUCCUCCUGAGGAGGAAGGAGAGAUGGAGGAGACAAGGGAUAUGAUGCCCAAGGGACCUCAAGGACAGAAGUCCCUGAAUCCCUUCUUGGCUGAAGCGGGUGUAUCCAGACAGCUCCUGAAGCCUCCUCUGAAGAAGUUCCCACUAGGAGGCCUCCUGAAUCAAGGCCCUGGACUGGAGGAGGACAUCCCAGAUCCGGAAGAGCUGGACUGGUGGUCCAAGUACUACGCGUCACUGCAGGAGCUCCAGGGGCAGCACAACCUUGAUGAAGAUGAAAUGGAUGAUCCUGGAGAUUCAGAUGGGGUCAACCUCAUUUCUAUGGUUGGGGAGGCCCAAGACCAGGGUGAGGCUGAAGUCAAAGGCACUGUGUCCCGAAAAAAAGCAGUUGCCACCCUGAAGAUCUACAACAGGUCCCUGGAAGAAGAAUUUAACCACUUUGAAGACUGGCUGUAUGUAUUUCCUCUGUACCGAGGGCAAGGGGGCCAGGAUGCAGGUGGAGAAGAGGAAGGAUCUGGACACCUUGUGGGCAAGUUCAAGGGCUCCUUCCUCAUUUACCCUGAAUCAGAGGCAGUGUCAUUCUCUGAGCCCCAGAUCUCCCGGGGCAUCCCACAGAACCGGCCCAUCAAGCUCCUGGUCAGAGUGUAUGUUGUAAAGGCUACCAACCUGGCUCCUGCAGACCCCAAUGGCAAAGCAGACCCUUAUGUGGUGGUGAGCGCUGGCCGGGAGCGGCAGGACACCAAGGAACGCUACAUCCCCAAGCAGCUCAACCCCAUCUUUGGAGAGAUCCUGGAGCUAAGCAUCUCUCUCCCAGCUGAGACGGAGCUGACGGUGGCCAUAUUUGAUCAUGACCUCGUGGGUUCUGACGACCUCAUCGGGGAGACCCACAUUGAUCUGGAAAACCGAUUCUAUAGCCACCACAGAGCAAACUGUGGGCUGGCCUCCCAGUAUGACGUGGAUGGUUACAAUGCCUGGCGUGAUGCGUUCCGGCCUUCGCAGAUCCUGGCGGGGCUGUGCCAACGCUGUGGCCUCCCUGCCCCUGAAUACCGAGCCGGUGCUGUCAAGGUGGGCAGCAAAGUCUUUCUGACACCGCCGGAGACCCUGCCCCCAGGCAGCAGUGGCUCCAAGGUGAGUGGGGACCCUGAAGAGGCCCAGGCAUUGCUUGUGUUGAGGCGCUGGCAGGAAAUGCCGGGUUUUGGGAUCCAGCUGGUACCCGAGCAUGUAGAAACACGGCCUCUCUACCAUCCCCGUAGCCCCGGGCUGCUGCAGGGAUCUCUCCACAUGUGGAUUGACAUCUUUCCUCAAGAUGUGCCUGCCCCACCCCCAGUUGACAUCAAGCCUCGGCAGCCGGUCAGCUAUGAGCUCAGAGUUGUCAUCUGGAACACGGAAGACGUGGUUCUGGAUGACGUGAAUCCACUCACCGGAGAGAUGUCGAGUGACAUCUAUGUGAAGAGCUGGGUGAAGGGGCUGGAGCAUGACAAGCAGGAGACAGAUGUUCACUUCAACUCCCUGACUGGGGAGGGGAACUUCAAUUGGCGCUUUGUGUUCCGCUUCGACUACCUGCCCACGGAGCGGGAGGUAAGCGUCCGGCGCCGGCCUGGACCCUUCGCCUUGGAGGAGGCCGAGUUUCGGCAGCCCGCAGUGCUGGUCCUGCAGGUCUGGGACUAUGACCGCAUCUCCACCAACGACUUCCUUGGAUCCCUGGAGUUGCAGCUACCGGACAUGGUGCGUGGGGCCCGGGGCCCCGAGCUCUGCUCUGUGCGGCUGGCCCGUGAUGGGGCCGGGCCGAGAUGCAAUCUGUUUCGCUGCCGCCGCCUGCGAGGCUGGUGGCCGGUAGUGAAGCUGAAGGAGGCAGAGGACGUGGAGCGGGAGGCGCAGGAGGCUCAGGCUAGCAAGAAGCGAAAGCAGAGGAGGAGGAAGGGCCGGCCAGAAGACCUGGAGUUCACAGACAUGGGUGGCAAUGUGUACAUCCUCACGGGCAAGGUAGAGGCAGAGUUUGAGCUGCUGACCGUGGAGGAGGCUGAGAAACGGCCGGUGGGGAAGGGGCGGAAGGAGCCAGAGCCUCUGGAGAAACCCAGCCGCCCCAAAACUUCCUUCAACUGGUUUGUGAACCCGCUGAAGACCUUUGUCUUCUUCAUCUGGCGCCGGUACUGGCGCAUCCUGGUGCUGCUGCUGCUACUGGCGCUGCUCACCGUCUUCCUCCUCCUGGUCUUCUACACCAUCCCUGGCCAGAUCAGCCAGGUCAUCUUCCGUCCCCUCCACAAGUGACUCUCACUGACCUUGGACACUCACCCAGGGUGCCAACCCUUCAACGCCUGCUCCUGGAAGUCUUUCUUGCCAACGUGAGCUACCCUAGAGUCCAGUGCUUCCUCUGAAUAAACCUAUCACAGCCACUGACCCGUGGUCACGUGCUGUCCAAGGCUGGCGCCUCCAGGUGGCAGAGAACAGAUGUUCUUGAGUGGCCUCAGGUGCUGGGGGCUUGCUUGAAGAAUGCACAGGGAUAGAAGGCUGCCCCCAUCCCCACUGCAGGGAAGAAAAGGGCCCCGGCAGCUGAGUUAUGACACCCUCUGAGCAACUCCACCACGGCUCCUGCUCCUGCUGGCGGCCACGUCCCUCUCACCUCAUCUGUUUCUGGCUUCCACUGCCCAGGACAGCUAAGGACCUGACAGACUCCAUUAACCUGUCCAUUCCUCACCAUCCCUGAGAGAGGCUUCCAUCAGAGCUGGAUCUCGGGUCUGACUCCAGAGGUUCUGCUGUCACUCCCUGACUUCGCUUCCUUUCCCCUUUCUCUUGCUUUUCCCCUACCAGUCUUAGAUCAACAUUCGAGACAUGAUCUGAUAAACUGACUGGUUGUUUAGGUACCCUUC